CACACACACGCACACACACGCACCGGUGGGAACCAUACACACACUUCGUCGCUGAGGCUGGACACCAACGCUCCCGGCCCGGUAACGGAGCACAAAUCCAGGCUUCCAGGCGCCGCAGCCCGCUGUGAAAGUGGACUUUUCAUCGCCUUUCUUUUUCGAUAUGGGAGACAUGGGGGAUCCUCCGAAAAAGAAGCGACUGGUGUCUCUUUGCGUGGGCUGCGGGAACCAGAUCCACGACCAGUACAUCUUACGGGUAUCUCCGGACCUGGAGUGGCAUGCCGCUUGUCUCAAGUGCGCGGAGUGCAGUCAGUACCUGGACGAAUCAUGCACUUGCUUCGUCAGGGAUGGAAAGACUUAUUGUAAACGGGACUACAUCAGGUUAUACGGGAUUAAAUGCGCUAAAUGCAAUAUCGGAUUCAGCAAGAAUGACUUCGUCAUGAGGGCUCGCUCCAAAGUCUACCACAUCGAGUGUUUCCGCUGCGUGGCCUGCAGCAGGCAGCUUAUCCCGGGAGAUGAGUUCGCUCUGCGGGAAGACGGGUUGUUCUGCCGCGCUGACCAUGAUGUGGUGGAACGGGCCAGCCUCGGCAGUGGAGAUCCGCUCAGUCCCCUGCAUCCGGCCAGACCACUGCAGAUGGCAGCAGAGCCUAUCUCAGCGCGGCAGCCUGCACUCAGACCCCACGUCCACAAACAGCCAGAGAAGACCACCCGGGUCCGGACGGUGCUGAACGAGAAGCAGCUGCAUACGCUGCGGACCUGUUACAACGCAAACCCGAGGCCCGACGCACUGAUGAAGGAGCAACUGGUCGAGAUGACCGGCCUCAGCCCGCGAGUGAUCCGCGUCUGGUUCCAGAAUAAGCGGUGCAAGGACAAGAAGAAAAGCCUCCUGAUGAAGCAACUGCAACAGCAACAACCCAACGACAAGACGAACAUCCAGGGAAUGACGGGCACCCCGAUGGUGGCGGCCAGCCCGGAGCGACACGACGGCGGCAUCCAGGCCAACCCGGUGGAGGUGCAGAGCUACCAGCCGCCCUGGAAGGUCCUCAGCGACUUCGCCCUGCAAAGCGACAUCGACCAGCCGGCCUUCCAACAACUGGUCAGCUUCUCAGAGGGAGGACCAGGUUCCAACUCGACAGGCAGCGAGGUAGCAUCCAUGUCCUCCCAGCUUCCCGACACGCCGAACAGCAUGGUCUCCAGCCCCAUCGAGGCCUGAGGACUGCGGGACACACAGCCCGACCAUCCCACUCCUCCUGACUGGCUGUACUUUGACACUGUGAAGACAAUCAUGGGAUUUACUCCGGCCAACCAUCCUAACUUUAACUCGGAGCGCAGACGGACGGGCGGACAUGAUGAGCGGUGCUGCCUGCUUUCAGUUGCCAAAAGGAGAAGAGAAAAGGAAGCGGACCUCUGACAGGGAGCGCAAUCUAAUUCACGUAGGCCUACUUUCGAUAUGUUGAGCAUUGAAUAGAAAACGGUGGUAUUUUUAACCCGCUUCAUGCACACCAUAUAGGCUAAGAAAUCGUUUGGAUCCGUCUGAUUCCUUCAUUUGACUGACAUCCUUUCUGCCCCGAGGCCUGAGGCAUUUUAAACAAGGUAUACCUCUAGUUUGCCACAAACGUUGUGGGACAUUUGUGCGUUAGCCUAUAGUGUCCGUCCAAUUAUAGGCUAUUUUUUCUUUCCCAAAGACAUGUAAAUUAUUCAGUUAGUUCUCUGCAAGAAACUGUAUUGUUGUUUCCCGUGCAACAGAAUUAUUUAUUAUUUAUUGCCGAUAAAUUUGCCACCUUUUGUGUAACUUUCGUAACUGAAGUAAAAAGAAACAAAAAGAAAUAUGCAGUUUGGUGUUUGGACUUUAGUUUACAUUUUAGUUUUUUCUUUCAUAUAUUUAAUAUCAAUGACAAAAAGAAGAUUUUUUUACUGAGUUUUCUACGUAGCCUAUACUAAGGAAAGUGUCUUAUUAUCAGGUGUUGACGAGAGAACGAAAACGAUCUUGCAUUUUUUUUCUUACCACAAUUUCGAAAUUUUGUUCUACAGCACAACACGUUCUUUUUCAUAAACUUUCUAUCAUAAACUUUCUAUCAUAGACUUUCUAUCAUAGACUUUCUAUCCUCACGCCUUUCAGAGUGAAGUGUUCUGAGGCCUGCGGUUCUGAUUUGACCGAGUUCACAUCAGCCCAAUAGUUCUCCGAUGUUUUAUACCAAGGAUUAGCCUCGUUUUUGUCACCUAAAAUAAUAGUAUAAAAUAAAAUGAUAAAAAAAAAGACAGGCAGAAAAUGCAGCACUAUAUGGAGAGCCACUAUUUUAUUAACAUUUUAACCUUUUUACUACUUAAAGAAAAUUAAUGUGCGCAAGCAAGAAAUGCAAGUCUAAAAACGGUCUAUGGUAAAAAAAAAAAAAAAAAAAAAAAAAAAAAACAAAACAAAAAAACACAAGACUAAUUUAUUAUGUGUCCUUUAUUUUUAUGUCCCUGACAAGGUUUUCAUUCUUAUCUGAUUAAUCAGUGUAAGAGCUGAUUAAUGAGCUUCCAGCAUUUCUGCUCAACAGUUAGAAAUAGUUAGUAAAGGUGGAGGAAGCGACGGAGCGUCAUGACUUGUAAGUCCAGCUCUGUUACUCUGUUUAAUGUUGAUUUGAACAUUUCCUUGCUGAGCUUUGAUCUGCACUCAGAUGAAUGCCAGAAGCUACAAAGCCACCUGAUUUCAUUUAUUCAUCUUUGUUUUCAGAUUUGAUCACAAUUAUAAUUAGUUUCUAUAAAAUCUCUAAUGUGGUGUUGUUAAAAACAUGCACAACAUUUAACUCUUUAGUUAAAUCAAGAAAUUGGUUAUAUAACCACAUAAUGCUGCAUAUUUAAGAGAUAUUUUGUUUCCUUUUGUGGAUGUUAACACAGUUUGUGAAAGCUUGGAAGAAAAAUGAAGAGCAGAUCAUGCAGAAAUCCAUAAACAGAGACACCAAGUUGUUUCAGUAAUUAUUCAUCUGGUCAAAUAUCUAUGUUAGGACAGAAUCUUUUCAUUUAGCCAUUAAAAUUCACUUUACUUCACCAACACAUCACCUCAGAGAAUGUUUUUUUGCACCGCAAAGUUAGUUUCACCUGAGCUGUCUGAAUCUUUGUGCAAAGGGCAUAACUGUGAUUGUGGAAAAAAAUAUAUUUUAGUAUGAAAAAAAAGAAAUAUCUGUGCCAAUAUUGUAUGACAUCAUCACUGUCUCCUCGUGAAAUGUCGUUUUGUCUUUGGUGAAACUUGCUAAGUUGAGCUUGAUAAUUCAGAUGGCCACCAGAGGUUGCUUUUUGAGCAGAUACAAACAUAAGAUCAAACAACUCCACAGGGACCUGAACUAUGAAGAAGGGCUUUCAGGGGUUACCUCAGAUUGAACUCCAGGCCUGAAUACGAUGCCAUGGUGUUUUACAGCACACCUAUCCUGCAGCGGAGCACCUUAUGCUGGAGACCAGAUAUCACCAGCUAUAAAAAGAACGCCUAUUCGUCAAUCAAUGUUCUUGAAAACUGAGUGGUGAUGGGAGAAAAAAAAAAGAAACUGUGUGUUAUCAGUGAGGAUUUGCAGACCUGGGGGGAUAAGGAAUGAGGGCUGCUGCUGGGAGAAUCUGCUUUGAAGCAUAUAAGACUUAGACUUAUCUGUUUUUCAGUUAACUCAGUUGUAUAUAGUACUCCUGUAGUUUAGUGCAAUCUUUAAUUUAUUUAUUUAUUGAAAAUGAUACUACAUAAAAAUCUCCUAUAUUCAACAUACUGUGGACGAGAAAAAAAAAACAAGCAAAUACCAUAAAAUCGACAAAAAUAGUAAAGCUCAAAUGUAGCAAAUUAUAUUAUAUUGAUAUACAACUAUUGUACAGUUAAAAAAGCAAGGAAAGAGAAAUUAAUAUUAAAUAUGUCCAGUUGCUAUUGUUUAUGUCAUGAAUGGAAUCACACCAAAACUGAUGUUGCAGGUAAACAUGGGAAAACGGUGGUGGUGGUGGUGGAGGGAUUUUGUCAUUUUGGUUGAGCACAUUAUAUUCUUUAUAAUUGUCAGACACUUACAACGUUUGUAAAAGGUCAGAGUGAGCAGAAGGAAGGAGUCAGAAACCAGCAGGUCUGACUGUGGAAACCUGGAUCUGAAGCGUCUAUAUAAACUGCAACUGUUAAAGGCAAAACGUCUUGUGACCGACGCCUCUGCUGAACAUGCAGAUUAUAGUUUUGAGCAAAUUUUUAAAUGUUGCAUUUCAUCCCAGCAAAUGAGGUAUACGCUAGCCAUUGCAACAAUGUCUACAAACCUCAGGCUGUUUAUGGCUGAAUUAAAGUCUGUAAAACAA